CUGCAAAUCUCUCCAUAAAUCAAAGGUCAUUACUUUACAAAAACUAACCCUUUCCUUUAAAAAUGGCGGACAGUUUAUUAGGACCUUCUCCUUCAUUCUAUCCCUUAUAUAAGCCUUUAUCUUUCUCACAUUCCAACUCUUCCUUCGUUUUCCCCUUUUCUUCACAUCAUUUUUCCCACUACUAUUUAAAGUCUACCAUUUUAAGCAAUUCUACUAGAUUUAAGUGCAAUUUUUCUUCAAAUUCUUCAUCUUCAUCAUCAAUGGCUUCCACUCAAACAUCUCCCUCUUCUCAUUCUUCAUCCUCUCCACCUUCUCUUCUUGUUUUUUCAGGAGGUACUGCCUUUAAUGGGGUUGUGGAGGAGUUGAAAAAGCUCACAACUCGUGUUUCCCAUGUUCUUCCUGUUUCUGAUGAUGGUGGAAGUACAGCUGAGAUUGUUCGUGUGCUUGGUGGUCCGGCCGUUGGAGACAUAAGAUCAAGAUGUUUGAGGCUCUCUGACCAAAGUACCGCAGAGGCUCUUGCUGUCCGGCAACUAUUAGGUCAUCGUUUACCUCUACAUGCUAAAGAAGCAAAAUCAGAAUGGUACGACAUUGUGGAAGGAGAGCAUUCUCUCUGGGAGGGAGUAUCGGUACCAUACAGGGAAACAAUUCGAGCCUUUUUAGUUUACUUUCAGCAUCAGAUUCUCAUGAGAUCUGAGGAGAAAUUUUGUUUUAGCAAUGGCAGCAUUGGGAACUUCUUCUUCGCUGGAGCCCGCAUAUUCUUUCAGUCUCUAGAAUCUGCAGUAUUUUUGUUUUCACGUGUAUCAGAGAUUCCUAAAGAAAGUCUUGUUCUCCCGGUUAUAUCCACCAAUGACAGGCUGACGCUGGGCUGCGAGCUGUGGGAUGGAAGAACAAUCCGUGGUCAGAACGAAAUAUCUCAUCCAACCAAUGGACUAUUGGAGCCUAUAAAUAAGAACAGCUGUUCUGUUGAAGCACUUCCUUCAAGAAUAAAGCGGGUAUUCUACAUGUCAAGUGAGGGGCAGAAUCUGUUGCACGAGGUUUUCCCUCCACCAAAUCCUGCUGUCCUGGACCAGUUGCGCAGUGUCAAUUGCAUUGUCUAUGCCAUGGGAUCCCUUUUUACAUCCAUCUGCCCUUCAUUGGUAUUAAAUGGUUUCGGGGAAAUCAUAUCGUCAAGGUCUUGUCCAAAGAUACUUCUACUGAAUGGCACACAUGAUCGAGAAACAAGUGGAUUCUCAGCGUCAUGCUUUGUGACUGCAAUUACUGAUGCUCUUAACAGAACUCAUGGAAAUUCUAAAUAUUGUCUCAAUAAUCCUCCAAGUAUGUAUGUUAAUACAAUUUUGGUGCCCAGAAAUGGUGAAAUUCCGGUGGAUGCAAAUGCCUUGAGCAACCAAGGGAUCUAUGAUGUGGUCACUGUUGACUCAUUACAGGAUCCAAAAGUUGGCAUAACCUUUGACCCCAACUCAUUAAUACAAUCGUUGGCGGAUAUAUUGACUAGCGAGCUCAAAUGUAAUGCAAAGUAAUGUUCAACUCCGUUGCUUGGAGUGUUUACAGAGGCUCCUAUGACCUUGUUUUUGACCUACAUCAGCCAAGAGGCAUUCAAAGAUGAAAACCAACCGAUCUUUGCUAAGGAAUAUAUUUGAUGUUCUACCACUUCUGAUAUGCAUGUGAUUGAAGAUUUUGGAGCAGGGAAAAUUCUUUUCUUGCCACCCCUGCUUUUCAAUUGUACAGAGCGCAGCCAAUCUCGGAAUCUCUGAGCGAUUGCCUGGUUAGAAAGUAGGCAGUGAAUCUGCAAUGCCGUGUAGUUCUCCAAUGGCUAUUGUGUAACUCUGUAGAAUAUUAUCUAGGUUCUGAUGUAAUUAGGAGGAAGUUCAUUAUUGUGACACUCUCGAGUCUCUCCCCUACCUUGAAUAGUUGAUGCAAUCAGGUUUUGCUGAGUAGCAUUAUUUGCUCAAGUCAACCAUGAAGUUGGACAAAUUGGUGGAUUAAAUGAAAAUUCAUAUUUGUUAUAAAA